AUGAAGGAUGGUGUGGAGUGCGAGUAUUUCUCUGUGUUUGAUGGGCAUGGAGGGGUGGAUGCUGCCACAUAUGCUGCCACUCACCUGCAUAUCAUACUGAGCCAGCAGGAGGCGCUAAAAAGUGAAAUGACAACAGCCUUCAAAAACAGCUUCACACAAACAGAUGAAUUGUUCAAGAUCAAAUCCAAGAGAGAGCGUCUGCGCAGCGGAAGCACUAGUGUGGUGGUCUUUUUGACCUCGGAUUGCCUGGCUGUCGCCUGGCUGGGUGACUCUCAAGCUAUGCUGGUCAGACAAGGAGAACCUGUGACUGUAAUGGACCCACACAGUCCAGAGAGAGAGGUGACUGAUCAAAAGUCAUAUGUUUCUAAUGAUGCUGACAGCUCAUCAGUCCAGCUGAACAGUUAUGAAAAUUACAUCCUCAUGGCCUGUGAUGGCUUCUUUGACUUUGUUGGUGCUUGUGAGGUCCCGGGCCUGGUCCUGGAAGCUCUAAGAGAGGGCAGCGGCUCGGGGGAAAACACCAGUGAAAGGUGUUUGUUUUUUCUUCAGAGAAUGUCUUGA